UAUGUUUUUGGUAUCAUUUUCAGUACUAUUCUUACUGUUUUCUACGAAAACAAAAUGUUGAAAAUUUUUCAUACUGGCAUUUGUAAUGCUUAUAUUGUUCAAUUUCGUUGAUGAAAAUGCAUGGUUGGUUGCUGUUUAUUAUGCUGCAAAUAUUUACCGUCGUAGUCACUGGAGAUAGCAGAGAUGCAUUUUUAGAAAUUAUUCUAUAUGAAAUCAAUCAGGACAGUGGAAGAUACACAACACACAAGACCGAUAUUACAGGGGAAUUUUCUAAUGCAGGUCCCUCAAAUCCAGCAGAGGGAGAUAUUAUUCAGAUCCAUCCUUUCAGUUUAUGCAGUGAUUCUGACAGUGAUGAAACAUUUGCUUACGGUUGGGUUGGUGUUGUCAAACUAACCUACGGAACAAAAGAUCCUUGUCGUUCUUUAAUAGAUAAGGCAAAGACUGCAGUGGAUAAAGGGGCGACUGCUGUGAUAUUUGAUGUGUCUGACCACCCAGAUGCUUUCAGACAGCUAAACAAGGAUUCCACGACAAUGCUGAACAGUCCUGUGAUUUUAGUGGAGGGAAAUGAAGCUUUGGAACUAAUGAAAUUAAUUGAAAACCGACAGAUUGCAAGGGCAAGAAUAAAGAAAAGCUUACCAAUUCAGGAUGCACCAGGAAAUCAUUUCUUUGACAUGGGGAUAUUUAUGGCAUGUUUGAUAUUAGUAUGCAUCCUCUGUUUGAUAGUCGUUGCAAAGGUCAGAUGCUGGAGACGUCAAAGACAGAUUACAUUACAAGACCUGGCACUGGAAGCUCUGCAGCAUAUGAAGACUAAGAAAUAUAGAAAACAUAAAAUGGUCCCAGAUAAUUUUGAGAAUGAAGUAAACAGGAAAAGUAGUGGGAACAAUGAUACAUUCAGUGAAUGCUCAUCGGGAUCAAUGUGUGCAAUAUGUCUUGAGGAGUUUACAGAUGGACAGGAAUUAAGAGUUGUACCGUGUCUUCAUGAGUUCCACAAGAGAUGUGUUGAUCCUUGGUUAAAACAGAAAUGGACUUGUCCGUUGUGUAACAGAAAUUUUCUUAGAGAUGUAACUGAACAAUACAGACAGCAUCAGCUGCAGCUACAAGCAAACAGUGCAACUGGUAAUACUAACCACACUGGAAAUGCCAAUCAAGAAUCUGCUGCAGGAAUUGAAUCGAGAAAUCCUACACGACACACUAUAUCACAUCAUUCCACGUUAAACUCUCAGAAUAUAGGGGAUCUUGAGCAAAACACAAUUAGUGUUCCCCAUGAACUGUCGAUGCCUAGACCUCAGCAACAUGAUGACUUUCGUUCAACAAAUCAUGAAAGGACUUGUGUUAACAAUCAUCCUAAUUCAUGCUAUCAUGAGAGAGAAUCGGGAAACCAUAUUUAUGGUAGCUCCGCUCGCAACAAUGCUUGCAACUAUUGCUUAUAUAGGGAAAAUCAAAUAUCUGAUUUUUCUCCAACUGACAGCACUUCAGAAUGUGGUCCAAAAUCUUGUUACUUGCAUAAAAAUUUAUCUCAAAAAAAUACCUCCGAAGAUACUGAAUCUGAUGAUACUCAUUUAAAAUAUCAUAAAACUCGAAACAAAAAAUUGGUAAACCCAAAACUGCAGACGCCACAUCGAUCAGAAUUUUUUCACUCGCAACAACAUGGCGAUGAAUUAUUACUAACCGGAAACCAUACUAAUAAUAACUCAUCUGCCAUUGCUACAAAUAGCAGACUACCUGUGCAAUAUCGCUUCGGACAAUUUAAGGAUACAAGACAUUUUGCAUGGCAAACUCCUGCUGCAAUAAUUAGGAGUGGAUAUGCCCCAGAUUCAUCUGAUGCUAGUGACUCUAAUUCUAGUCCAAAUAAAACUGACAGAUUGUCAAUAAUUCCAUCACCUGCUCAAUUUUCAUGUCUGGAAUUAAAUUUAACGGCUGUUUGUGAAUAUUGUAGGCAGCAAAUGAACAUGUUACACAGUACAAGCACUCAGUGUGUUUAUGGUUCGCUCUCGCACAAUAAAAAUUGCUCUUUCAACUCAUUGUCUUCAUCUCGUGCCUUCAAUAAAAUGUCACCAAAGCGAACUAAUCCAAUUUCAGAUUCAGGCACUGUGGACAUAUUUGCGGAAAGGAUAAAACUCCUAUCUCGAGAGUCUACACCGUGUAUCGGAUAUAGUUCGUCGGACGGUAUGAAUGACUUAGGUCGAAUGAGCAGCUCAUCACUUGAAGGUGUCCUCGAAGCUCUCGAUACGAGCUGUGCUGGAUUAAGCAAUUAAAAAGAAUGACAGAUAUUACACACUCAAGUGCCAAAUUAGAGAAGGAUUUAACCUUUACUAGAAGAUUCUGUUUUACAUUCUGGUGCUCGGCUGUUAAACAAAAUGAGGAUUUUUGGUCAUUACUUAUGACUGGAAAAUAUUUGAUAAUUGAAUUCAGUGUUGCUAUUAUCUCCAUGCAGUGAUUUUAACUGCUACAGAUUGUGACCAAAUUACCAAGUACAAUUUGGUUCAGUUCUUGAAAUACUCAGCUGCGACUCUGAAUUUUAAUCAUUUAUGUAUACAGAAAAGCAAGACUUAACUGAUGUAAUGAACCAUUGAUCAUUUAUUAGUUGUUUUGAAAUAAUGAUUUAACUUACUGGGUGGCAACAUUUUCAAGCUAAUUAUCAUGCCAUUCCAAGUGAUUUAAACAUCAACCAUUAGAAUUAGAUAGAGCGACUGACACUUCUUGACUAUAUGAAAUGGGAAUGUUGUCUUACUUUAUAUUGUAGUUGCAUUAUGUAUAUUUAUGCUGCAGUUAUUUUUAUUCUCUCCUCAUUUUGCACUAAGCACUACACUUUAAUCCUAGAUUUUUUUUUACAUAAUAUCAUUUUCUUUGUUCGGUAGCCUUAUUUAUGAUUUAUUGUACACGGUUGGAAGUUAUCAAUAAAGAGUUGGACUUUGUCCUCCCAUGGACGAUAUAGUUCUAAUAGCCUCUAUCUCUGCACAAAAACACUUUUAUAUAUAUUUACACUUAAUUAUUGUUUUAAAAAAUUUUCUGGUGUUUUCCAUAUAUGGCAGUGGUUCCCAACCUUUUUCAGUCGGUGAAAUUUCAAAACCAUCAAAAUGAUCACAAAACGUAAUCAAAAAAAUGCAAUUAUGACAAAAGUAGGCCGUGCCAAAGAAGACAACUUAAUGAGAAAUUCGCUGCUGUCUUUUUGAUAAUAUACGUGUUAAACGCGGUUCUAAUGAAGUUUCUGCAAGGCAAAGUAGAACUGUUUGAACUGGAAAUACUUUUCUGUUUGUUUGCUUCCAUUUUACUAUCAAACCUUGCUAAAUUAUAGUCCAACUGUCAAAUUACGAAACGAGCGAACUUCUUAAUCAGGUACCGUACUAUUGUAUGCUCUAGCAGACUCCUCCGUUAUGAGGUCUUAGACAACAAACAUCCGGCCAUUCAGGGCUUGGAAUGGGCAGAGGACCUCUCACCAAGUUUGGUUGUUAGGCGAAUACAUCAAUAAGAGUUUAAAAAAAUCACAAAAUUAAUGAACAUGCCGUCAAUACUUUGUAAUUUGCUUAUAAUAUAUUUUGCGGACCGGCAGUUGAGAACCACUGGUAUAUGGGACAUUUCUAUUUUCCCCAAAUGUUCAGUUCUGAACAGUAAUGGUACAUGUCAUCUUUUUUGAUUGAUAUUUUUUCAACUGUCUGUUUUUGUACAUAACCCUCACCUAAUAUUUAUUUCCACUGCACUGUACACAACACUAUGGACCAUGUCAUAAAAUACUGGAAUUUUUCAACCAUUGGAAAUUUUAAUAAAUGACUGGGUUAAAAUUCUA